AUGGAUAAUACGUGUAUCUUUAUCUUCAAUCUUAUGAUAGUCUUCAUGACUCUCUAUUAUUAUCGUUUUUCUACAGCCCAAGAUAGUGUUUCUUUAAGCACAGAUCAACAUGCUCUUGAAGCGAUUAAAGCUCAAAUCAGUGUCGACCCUUCGGGUGUUUUAUCAAAAAACUGGUCGACAAAAACCUCCGUUUGUAACUGGAAAGGUGUUACUUGUGGUUCACAGUCUCGAACUCAAAGGGUCAUUUCCUUGGAUCUAUCUUACAUGGGUCUUGUUGGAACAAUCUCUCCACAUAUUGCUAACCUUUCAUUCCUCUCAUUGCUUAACCUCACAAACAAUAGUUUUUAUGGCCCAAUACCUCCUGAGAUCGCGCAGUUACGCCAUAUGGAAAAAGUGUACAUGGGAGGCAACUAUCUCACAGGAAGGCUACCCCUUUGGUAUUUUAACAACAUGCCAAAACUUGAAAUAUUGUAUCUGAAUGAAAAUAAUCUCACAGGCACUCUCUCUCCGUAUUUUCUUAAUAACAUGACAAGUCUAAAGACACUACGUUUGAAUGAUAAUUCAUUACAAGGAUACAUCCCAAAAGAAAUUGGUAAUGGAUCAUGUUUGCAUGAUUUUCACGUGAACGAUAAUCAGUUAACCGGGGUUGUGCCACCAGCGCUUUUCAAUCUAUCUUGUAUAAGAAAGAUUGAAUUAUCAGGGAAUAGGCUAUCCGGAAGUCUGCCAGACGAUAUGUGCAACGACCAGCUCGGUAAGCUCAGGCUGUUAUUUAUAUCUCACAAUGCAUUCACAGGACCAAUUCCAUCAAGCAUCAACAAAUGUCAGCAGCUUCGGUAUAUGUCCAUGUCAUUUAAUAAUUUCAGUGGCAUCAUACCCAGGGAAAUUGGAAAUCUGACUCUUUUGAAAGAGUUAUAUCUUGGUGAUAAUGACUUGCAAGGUUCAAUUCCAGCUGAGAUAGGCAACCUGAGAAGGUUGGAGAUAUUAUCCAUUCAAGGAGGGAAUAUGGAAGGACAGGUUCCCCAUGUCAUAUUCAAUAUGUCUUCUCUCAAGGUGAUCAAUUUCGAUGGAAACAAAUUGUCUGGGUUGCUAUUCCCAGAUACAGAUACUAGCAUAAGUUCUCAUAUUCUUGAAGUAUUAUACCUUUCCAACAAUCAGUUUACCGGCCAACUUCCGUCUGGCUUUUGGAAAUUGAAAAACAUUCAAAGGCUUGAGGCAUCAUUUAAUAGCUUUAUAGGAAUCAUUCCUUCAGAGGUCGUGAAUCUAACACAACUGACACAUCUCUAUCUUGGAUAUAAUAGACUCACAGACAAAAUAUACGUAAUGGGCAGAGAACCCAUCGUGUAUAGUUAG